CGAUUUCUGUCACAGCCGCGGUGUCUACCACCGAGACCUCAAGCCUGAGAACUUGAUCUUAGACGAAGAAGGAUUUGUUUUCAAUUUGUUGUGGACACAGAUGUGUCCAAUCUUGAAAACAAGUGAAUUGAUCUCUUUGAUGGGGGCACUGAAGGAUAUAUGGGGAAGAUAAUGUCUUGCUAGCAUCAUCCAUGACAAAUCAAGAGCUAGUAGAUACUGGAAACCAGAUGAUGGACGAGACUGAUCAAGCCAUAUUGAGAGGUCAAAAAAGGUUGGAUUAUCUCUGAUGAUGAUUUUGUUAUGAAAUAAGUUUGUUUAUUUUGGUGAGUUGGAAAGGGAAAAGUUUCGUAGGCUAUUUUGAAGUGUGAUCAUGGUUUCCUCUCACUCUUAUCUAUUUCCUCAUUGUGGCAUUGCUCUUCCUCAUUGUCGUUGGAGUCCUAGCCAUCAUUAUUGUUAAGAUCCAUAUUGUGAUUCAAUGGCUUUAAGCUCGUCUUCUUUCCCAAGUUCUUUUUCUAUCUCUUCUACCAACCAAUGGAAAUAUGAUGUCUUCCUGAGUUUCAGAGGGGAGGACACCCGCAACACUGCUGUGGACUUUCUAAAUUAUGCUCUAGAACGGAGGGACAUUUACACUUUCAAGGACGAUGAAAAACUUGAGAAAGGAAAAACUAUUAAACCAGAGCUUUUGAAAGCGAUAGAAGAAUCCAGAUUUGCCGUGGUCAUUCUCUCAGAAAAUUAUGCAUCUUCAACUUGGUGCUUAGAAGAACUUGUGAAGAUUAUUGACUGCAAAAAAGAAAAGGGAAUGACAGUUCUACCUAUUUUUUACAACGUGAAUCCAUCUGAUGUGCGAAAACAAACAGAAACUUUUGCAAAUGCCUUUGAUAAACAUGAAAAACAAUUUAAGGAGAAGGUGGGCACAUGGAGAGAUGCUUUGAAUCAUGUGGCUGGUAUUGUCGGAUAUCAUGUAGAGAAUAGCCCUCUCUCAAAAGUUGUCGAAAGCAUUGUGAGAUUGAUAUCACAUAAAUUGAGUUUUGAAUUCUCUGAAAUUACUGAGGGCUUGUUUGGAAUUGACUCUCAACUGGUCGGAUUGGAGUCAUGUUUAGCUUUAUGGUUAAAGGAUGAUGUUCGCUUUAUAGGGAUUUGGGCAAUGGGGGGAAUGGGCAAAUCAACCCUAGCUGGGGUUGUCUAUAAGAUGAUUUCUAAAGAAUUUGAAGCUUGUUGUUUUAUCGAUUAUGGUAGGGAAGAAGAUUUAUUUUCACUACAAAAAAAUCUUAUUUCUCAAAUAUUGAAAGAAAUAAAUUUGAAUAUACAAAAUAAACUUGAUGCAGAACACAUGAUCAAGAAAAUGUUAUCGCGUAAAAAAGUUCUUCUUGUUCUUGAUGAUGUAGAUGAAUCAGACAAGUUAAAAAAGUUAGUCAAGAGAGAUUGGUUUGGUUUGGGCAGUAGAAUUAUCAUAACAACAAGAGAUAUGAAGUUGUUGAAGGAAUUCUCAAUAAAUGAAAUUUUUGAAGUUAAAGCUUUGAAUUAUGAUGAUGCUCGUUGUCUUUUCUUUUCAAAAGCUUUUGAAAAACAUGCCCCUGAUGAAUAUUUAAGACUGUCCCAAGGCAUUUUAGAAUAUGUUAAUGGUGUUCCUUUAGCUCUUGACAUUUUGGGAUCUUUUUUGUUUGGAAGAAGUAUGGAUGAUUGGGAAAGUGCGAUAGAGAGGCUCAAAGAAGAGCCUAUUGAAAAAGUUAAUCAAACACUAAAAAUAAGUUUUGAUGGACUCCAAGCGUCAGAGAAGGAAAUAUUCUUAGAUAUUGCAUGCCUCUUUAAUCACGAGGUGAAAGAUUCUGUGAAACAAAAACUAGAAAUUCUUGGUCGUCAUCCCCGUAUUGGAUUAAGCAUUCUCAUUGAGAAAUCUCUCUUGAAAAUUUCCAAUAAUGAAUUGUGGAUGCACGAUUUACUAAGAGAUAUGGGUAGGGAUAUUGUUCGUCAAGAAUCUCGUAAUGAGCCUGGGAAGCGUAGUAGACUGUGGCUUUAUGAGGACAUUGAUCCUGUGUUAAAAAACAAUACGGGAACAAUGAAAGUUCAAGCCAUGGAUAUCAGGGGAGCAGAGGCAUGUUGGCGAGGUUUCACAUUUUCAGGAAAACAAAAACGGCCACUUUGGAACCCUAAUGCCUUUUUGAAGAUGUCCAAGCUUAAAUUUCUAAGAGUUCGUAAUGUUUUUCCUCAGCAUGUCCCAAACCAUCUUCCUAAUUCUUUAAGAUAUCUUGAAUGGAGUGGUUAUCCUGCAAAAUCGUUACCAUGUUUUCAGCCAAAUGAGCUUGUUCAACUUCAUUUGCCGCAUAGCAAAAUUGAAUUUCUUUGGGAAGGAAUAAAGGUAAGAGUGUUAGUAAUUAUCCUUUUACAUUUCAAUAAAUAG